UUGGCCGACAGACUGGCGGUCAGAGUUGAGUGGUAUGCGCCGUGAGUCCCGGUCGGUGUGCAGAGGGUGAUCAGUGGCGGCAAGCAUAAGUCUCUGCAAAUUUCCUGUGAUUGCUGCGACGAUGGACCACGAAGUGGUUGCCUUGGACUACUCCAAUUAUGGCAGCAAAAAGCGUAGCCCACUGCAGGACAUAUCAACCAACCAGCCAACAGGCAAACGGCGAAGGAGCUUCGGCAAACGUACCAAUGUCAGGGCGGUGACAGAGACAGACAUUGAAAAUGUUGACCUCACGGGGGACAGUGACGACAGUUCGUCAUCGCGUGACAAGUGGGGGGUGGACAGUCGUGUUCCAACUGAGAUCCUAGAGGAUAUGGGCAUUGAUUACCUUGAGGAUGAAUCUCCGCAGCCCAGCGUCGUUUCUACAAAUCCACCAUCACCACCACGGGCAUCACGCAAGUUUUCCAAGGGACAGAAACGUGAUGCAUCAUCUGCGUCGGAUACGCCAUCAAGGACACUGCCGGACACCUUCACACUACACAAGCGAAGUAAACAGGAUCUUAGCAACGGCAAAGACCCAUUUGCGGACCUAUCUGAUGAGACCAUCCUAGAAAUCUUCAAGUGGCUGCCCAAGCCAACGCUAGCUACAUGUGGUCGCGUCUGCCGCCGUUGGAUGGAGAUAGCGUUUGACGAAAGCCUCUGGCGGCGGCUGGACCUCAGCAAAAAGCACUUGGGCCCCGGUGUGCUCGGGAAUGUACUCAAUCGUGGUGUCGUCGUCCUCAGGCUAGCGACAGCUGAAAUCAAAUCGCCUGUCUUCACUGACACGCCCAUGCUGUCCUACCCAGCUGAUGAAAGGUGGCCGUCGUGCAAAGUUCAGUACCUCGACCUGAGCAUGGCAAGCAUCAGCGAGGACACCCUGUGCGAGCUGCUGGCCAGCUGCUCCAACCUCAAGAAACUCAGCCUAGAGCAGUGUACACUAAACGACCGAGUUUGCAGGAUGAUUGGUGCAAACCAUGCCUUGGAAAGCCUCAACAUGAGCAUGACAAGUGGCUUCACACACUUGGGCAUUACUUCUAUUUGCAGGGGCUGCAGAAGUUUAACGUCCUGGAACCUUGCUUGGACUAAGUUGACUACGGCUUGUAUCGACACCCUUGUGCUGACUGUGACGCCCAUGCUGCAAGAACUUAACAUUGCGGGUUGUCGUAGUGAGAUCACCAAUGACCAUGUGUCUACGCUCGUAGAGCGGUGCCCACACCUUCUGGAACUAGACCUCAGCGAUGCUACCGAAAUCAGCUGUGACGCCAUGCGGGCCAUCGUGAAUGGCCUCCCUGAGCUGCAGCAUUUAUGCAUCAGCCGCUGCUACAGCAUUGCACCUACCACCUUCCUGUCGAGAAAUGCUCGCAGACUCUUUGCCCGCAUUCGUCAAUUCGCUCUCCGCCGUGCCUCGGGCUCCACUGCUAUCCAAUACAUCGUGGCCUCCUUCCGGUGGACUGCCUUGUGGUCCUGACUGUCUCCGCCGACAUGUGGCAUGAACGUCUUGUUGCUGCCACUCCAUCUAGUCGAGUGCCAUCAACGAUCUCCUUGCAGGUCUUUCGUGCUUCAUGUGGCGAACAGUUUCAUAGAGCGCUCGGCUGCAGCACUUCCACGUCAAACUGUGUAGCGCAGCUCAAGUGCUCUGGUUAGCUGCAGCUAACAUUUCAUCAUGUGAUAAAUAUGUGUCAAACCUGGCCUUGAAAGACAUGUCACUGGGACACCGGGGCCAGCGUUUACAUUGACUACAUGGUUGAAGCUAGCAGCAAGUUUUAGCUUAAAAUGCGGAAAGGUACAGGUCCUUCAGCAGGCCACUUGACAAGAGAGUUGAUCUGCUGUCAGGACAGUCCUUGCCUUCUGUUCACUCACAACUGAGUUGCAACCACGAUGUGGUUCACUGUGUGUGGCUUUCAGUAUUCGGUCAUGUGGAAGUCAUGCUGAGAUGAAACCAUUUGGUCAACACUGUGUAUAAUCAGGUGUAAUUGUGAUACUAAAAGCCUCUUUGUCUUCCAGUGCUUGAAGAAUUUCAAAAGCCUUGCUGCAGGCUCCAACUGUGCUCUUGCAAUCAAACUAGAUUACUAACUUAAAACUUCGAUAAACUGGUAAUUUACUAGCUAUACGUACCUUGCCAGAUUUAGGCACGACUUCUCACAUCUGCAGUAGUGGACAGCGCACGUACAUUUAUCUGCCAUAUUUAAAUGCAAGUACUGCGGGCGCGUAAUAUAACAUAAAUAAGCCACGAAGACGACCACACGGCAAGUUCACUUGGUGAAGGAGCAAUAUCUAAACUUGAGAAAUUGUUGAAUCUUUUGUUCUGGAGUACGAGAACCUGCAUCUGCCAUGCAUCCUUGCUUCCAUUGUUCCAACUGGAAACAGGAACUGAUAUACGUGAAUUGCAAUUAUCUUGUGUGCUGUUUAUUAGAAAGUGAAGUGGGUUGUAGCCUGACAUGUGUCGCGGAAGGCUUCAUUAGAGGAAGCCGGCAAAAGGGCGCGGAACAACCUUGUUUCCGUGUGGCCAUUCUUUCAUCUGUUCUGCACGUGUUCUUUGACAGUGUUUUGAACCUGUGCCAAAUUUACUAGUUCAACAGCACAUUCUGGCAGACACAACCAUAGAUUGCUGCUGAACUGACCUACUUGAUGGGCACAAUGAAAUGGCUAUCUUUCACCACUACAUGCGUAGCGUCCUUUAGUCUACAAGUCUGCUGAAGCACCAUAUUUUGAAGGCAUCGUACUUGUGAUUCACCUAGCUGUAGUAGUAGGGGGCCAAGCUCCAAGCUACGCUCCGAAAGGCGACAAUGAGAGGCAUGUGGACCAUAGUGGUUCGUCCUGCUUUGUGUUAAGAGCGACGCAGUGACAUUGAAAGCCUCCUGUUUCAGUUAAGUUUGUCCUCAUGGAUUUAUCGUCAAAUGUGUUGCUUGGGUGAUCGAGGCUACAUUCUUGUGUAGACUCAUUCGUUGGUUGUUUUUAGUACAACUGUUCCUGGGGGGAGGGGGAGGGGGGGGGGGUUGCUGAUCAGCCUGUGCUUGCGAAGGCUUGGCUGCAAAUUUUUAACACCUUGUGAUUAAGGCUAGUUAUGUGAAGGGAGCAGAUUUAAUCGUGGACCAACUUUCUAAGAGUUUAAAGGAAGGUUACUCGUUACUGGAGUUCAAGUUUUGUUCUACUUAGUAGCACUCUUACAUUUUGUGCGGUGAGGCAAGCAGUGCCAUAGUGAAACUAUAUUCCUGGACAAUUUUUUCUUGGUAUGAAGGUAACGUUAUGGAGUGGAGCUGAUGCAGAUGUCACCCAGGUAAUCUGGGCAAGUAUGUUUGUUUCUCUUGCCUUUUAUAGCUUGUUCACUAAGCUACUAAGGCAGCUACAGUCGAAUUUACGUAAAUGUUGGAUUGAAUACCGUUGGCUUUGUUCGUUUGAACAGAUAUUUCUUGUUUAAGCCUUUCGUAAGUAAAUUCCUGAGGAUAGCUGGAUAGCAAGCCUGCAGACAACGAAUGUUCACCAUAAUACAACACUAUUUUGCUUUUGAGAGAUGCUGCAUAAAACGUGCAGUGAUCACUAUGUGGGAACACUCGAAAUAGCCAAGAAAAUUUGUCAUGCUAUAGAAUUCUAGCAUUUCAGUUACAGGACUACAUGGGUCACAUGUGUGCUUUGAUUCUAUAGCGUUGCCUUCAUGACAGUCUACAAGUAUAAUUGCUAUGGUCCCAUGGCUUGAGACACUUGUUUAUGGCAGUGUUGUUCGUUCCUGUUAGUCAUGGUCUUGUUGGUCACAAUGAUGUCAUAGCUGAAUCUGCCUGAAACCAGUGCCCUGCCAUGGCAAUGGCAAUUCAUCUAACACUUGUUACAUAAGAAAUCAUAGCUGGAUUCACAAAGCCGAAUCCAAAGUAAGAUAUUAAUGUUUCAUCUCCUUUGGUUAUUUGAAUUCCUAUUCGAGUGAAAUUGAGCUCAAGCAUUCACAUUGGCCAGCCCACUGUUAACUGUUCAAUCAAAUAAUUAGAGUGUGCAUCUGCCAACAUUGUGCAUGUUCCCUUUGUAUGUAUAUUCUGUCAAAAUGCACGAACAUUAUCACCAUGACAGCAAUUACCAAUUAUAGGGUGUUCUAAUUAAGUCACGAAGUGCCAUUUUUAUUUCGCUGCUUGUUUCAUUACUAUUAAUAAGGUUCAGUGCAUUCCACUACACAUACAUGUGCCUAUGCUGUUUACCCCCCUUGUUCUUUUGUUUCUUUAAACACGUUUCAUGAGUCUGUAUGUGGCAUUAUGUUUCCUUACAUUGCUGCAGUUUCAGAUUACUGCUCACAUUUUUUUUUAAGUAUGGACUGAGUGAUGAAAAUGUGUGGUGUGUAUUAUAUUGUGUGAAAGCAUGUUGGAAAUAAAGAUAAUGCAGUGUUUAAA